AUGGAAAUAACCCACUUUACAUUUCCAGCAGAGAUGCAAAUAAAAAGCAAGGUUGCCAGCAAGAAACAUUGCAUGUAUGAAACAACGACAGCGACGUGCGACAAAACGGUAAGGACAAAUGGGCGCUGCGAAAUUGUCCAUCCCCUUGGUUCGAUCUCAUCCUCGGGCAAAUCACUGGAUGACAAUGAUAGCUUCCUGAUUGACUCUGGCGGCAUCAUUAUGAAAAUUAUCUCUUUCAAGCAUCGUUUGGUUGUAAAGAAAUGGGUAUGGGCAUCAAAUGAGGAACCAAAGGGAUAUAUGAAAUUGAUGGAAAAAAAAUUGGGUGAUAAGCACCUUAUGCAACAAUAUGCCGGCUACAAACUCUAUAAGCGAAAAUAUAAUAAGCGUGACGAAGAAAUAAAUUUGGAAUAUCGCCGAUUUAUGAGAUAUCUUGAUAACGUGAAGAAAAUUAACGAACAUAAUAAACGCUACAAACGUGGUGAGGAAACGUAUGAAGUAGCCAUCAAUCAUUUAGCUGACAUGCUCCCCGAAGAAUUUAAUAAACUUCAUGGUUUUCAAUCAAAAACAAUCAAACGAAAUCAUUUCAAAAAUGUUUCUCGCAUGAAAAUUCAAAAGCCACUGCCGAAAAAGGUGGAUUGGCGUUCCUCAGGUGCCGUUACUCGAGUAAAAAAUCAGGGUUCUUGCGGGAGUUGUUGGACAUUUAGUGCAGUGGGUGCAUUAGAAAGUCAACAUUUUCUGCGGACAGGUAACCUGAUUGAACUUUCGGAGCAGAAUCUUCUCGACUGCAGUAGCAAUGACAUUUAUGGCAAUUCGGGAUGUGAUGGCGGUCUUAUGAUGCAGGCUUUUCAAUAUGUAGUAGAAAAUGAUGGAAUUGAUACGGAGGAUUCAUAUCCAUACGUUGGUUACCAAUAUCUUUGUCAAUAUUCAAAUUUAACCCGCGGUACAACAGCAAUUGGUGGUAAAUUUCUACCAGAAGGUGACGAAUUGCAGUUGCAAGCAGCGAUAGCAAUUAUUGGCCCAAUAUCUACUGCCAUCAAUGCAGAUCUGAUGCAAUUUUACAAGAGAGGUGUUUUCUCAAACGACCAUUGCUCAACAUCACUGAAUCACGCUGUACUUGCUGUUGGUUAUGGAACAGAAAAAAAGAAAUUUAGAAAUGGUACCGACAAAUUGAUCGAUUACUGGCUUAUCAAGAACAGUUGGGGUAAACGAUGGGGAAUCGGUGGAUACUUGAAAUUGGCUCGGAAUAAGAAUAAUAUGUGCGGAAUAGGAUAUUAUUCCUGUUAUCCCGUGGUGCCAUAA